AUGGCGGCGCCGGGGACGGAGGCGGCGGCGGGGCCGGGCCCGGGCCCGGGGCAGGUCCGGGAGCGAGCGGGGCCCGCGGGGCCCGGGGGCGGCACCGGGAACGGGCACGGGCGCGGGGGGACAGCGGGAAACCGGCCCCGUGAGGGGAGAGGGGGAACGGGGAACGGGAGCGGCACCGGGAACAGGAGCGGAGACCGGGAACUGCAACCGAGGACAGGGAACGGGAGCGGCGACCGGGAACCGCGACUGGAGACAGGGAAUGGGAGCGGCACCGGAGAGUGGGAAAGGGACAGAGACAGGGACGGGGAUCGGGACCGGGCACCGGGAACCGGGACCGGGCACCGGGAACCGGGACCGGGAGCGGGGACCGGGACAAGGAGCGGGGACCGGGACAGGGGAGGGGACAGAGGCACGCACGGGCACCGGGAAUGGGGCAAGGUCCGCGGUCAAAGUCGGGGACCGGGAGCGGGGGAGGGACCGAGACCGAGAACGGGACCGAGAGCGGAACCGGGACCGAGAACGGGACCGGGAUCAAGGACAGAGAAACGGAACUGGCUCCGGGAACGGCUCCGGGACCGGGACAGGACCGGACGGGCCGGGGCCGUGAAACGGAACCGGGAGUGGGAUCGGGGCGGUACCGGGCCGGUGUUGGGAUGGAAUCGGGACGGGGCCGGUACCGGGCCGGUGUCGGUGACCGGGAAUGGAUCGGAACACGGCCGGUACCGGGCCGGUGUCACUGCCCAAGCUGGGAUCGGUCCGGAACCGGUGUCCAGCAGUAACGGCGCUGCCGGUACCGGUGUCCAGCAGUUUCCAGCAGUAAUGGCGCUGCCAGUACCGGUACCGGUACCGGGUUGGGAUCAGUACUGGGGCGGUACGUGCAGUGACGUAGUUGCCAAGACGGGAGACAACAUAGACCUUUGCGCCACAGUAACGGUGCUGCCGGUACCGUUUCCAGCAGUAACGGUGCUGCCGGUACCGGUACCGGGGGUGUUACGAGACCGGUUCGUUCUGCAGGUUCCAGCAGUAACGGCGCUGCCGGUGUCCGGCAGUAACGGUGCUGCCGGUACCGGUUUCCAGCAGUUUCCAGCAGUAACGGCGCUGCCGGUACCGGUACCAGUACCGGGUUGGGAUCAGUACUGGGGCGGUACCGGUGUCAGUGACCAGUUCUGGUUCCGGUUUCAGGUUUCCAGCAGUAAUGGCGCUGCCGGGCCGGUGUCCAGCAGUAACGGCGCUGCCGGUACCGGGGUGGGGUUGGGAUCAGUACCGAUACGGUUUCCAGCAGUAACAGUGCUGCAGCACCGGUACCGGGAUGGGGUUGGGAUCAGUACAGGUACUGGUACCGGUGUCAAUGACCGGUAUUGGUUCCGUUCCCGCAGGUGUCCGGCAGUAACGGUGCUGCCGGUGUCCAGUAUAUUGCGCUGCCGGUCGGUUAGCCGGCAGGGGCAGCAGCAGCCGCAGCAGCCGCAGCCGGCACCGAACGCCUGGCAGGUGGUGAAAGGCGUCCUGUUCAGGAUUUUCAUCAUCUGGGCCAUCUCCAGCUGGUUCCGCAGAGCGCCGGCGGCGCCGGAGAGCAACGGGAGCGGCGGCAGCGGCCGCAGCCCCAGCAGGAACCUGUUCCCCAAGGACACCCUCAUGGAUCUCUACGUUUACAUCUCGGAGCACGAGCACUUUACGGAUUUCAACGUCAGCUCCGCCCUUUUCUGGGAAAAACGGGAUUUGGUCUACGGGGACUGGACCAGCGGCGAGAACUCGGACGGCUGCUACGAGCACUCCGGGGAGGUGGACAUCUCCCAGAGCGUGCAGAGGAACGGCUCCAUCUACGUGCACGUCUACUUCACCAAGAGCGGCUUCCACCCCGACCCGCGGCAGAAAAGCCUCUACCGGCGCCUGGCCACCGUGCACACCUCCAGGAUGAUCAACAAAUACAAACGGAGGCGAUUCCAGAAAACCAAAAAUCUCCUGACGGGAGAGACCGAGGCCGACCCCGAGAUGAUCAAGAGAGCCGAGGAUUUCGGGCCGGUCGAGGUCAUUUCCCACUGGCACCCCAACCUGACCAUCAACAUGGUGGAUGACCACACGCCCUGGGUCAAGGGCAGCGUGCCCCCGCCCCUGGACCAGUACGUGAAGUUCGACGCGCUGAGCGGGGAUUACUUCCCCAUCCUGUACUUCAACGAUUACUGGAACCUGCAGCGCGAUUACUUCCCCAUCAACGAGAGCGUGCGGCGCCUGCCCUUCCGUCUGUCCUUCUGCCCGCUGUCGCUGUGGCGCUGGCAGCUCUACGCGCGCAGAAGCUCGCGCAGCCCCUGGAACUUCCUGGGCGAGGAGCUCUACGAGCAGAGCGACGAGGAGCAGGACUCCGUCAAGGUGGCUCUGCUGGAGACCAACCCGUACCUGCUGGCCCUGACCAUCGUGGUCUCCAUCGUGCACAGCGUCUUCGAGUUCCUGGCCUUCAAAAACGACAUCCAGUUCUGGAACAGCCGGCAGUCGCUGGAGGGGCUCUCGGUGCGCUCCGUGUUCUUCGGCGUGUUCCAGUCGCUCGUGGUGCUGCUCUACAUCCUGGACAACGAGACCAACGUGGUGGUGCAGCUCAGCGUGCUCGUGGGGCUGCUCAUCGACCUCUGGAAGAUCACCAAGGUCAUGGACGUCAGGCUGGACCGGGAGCAGCGCCUGGCCGGGCUCCUGCCCCGGCCGCGCUUCACCGACAAAUCCACCUACGUGGAGAGCUCCACCAAGGUCUACGAUGAUAUGGCGUUCCGGUACCUGUCGUGGAUCCUGUUCCCGCUGCUGGGCUGCUACGCCGUGUACAGCCUGCUGUACCUGGAGCACAAGGGCUGGUACUCCUGGGUGCUCAGCAUGCUCUACGGCUUCCUGCUCACCUUCGGGUUCAUCAUUUUUGUCCCCCAGGCUGUUCAUCAUUACAAGCUGCAUCCGUGGUCGCACCUGCCCGACCGCAUGCUCACCUACAAGGCCCUCAACACCUUCAUCGACGACCUGUUCGCCUUCGUCAUCAAGAUGCCCAUGAUGUACAGGAUAGGCUGCCUGAGGGACGACGUGGUGUUCUUCAUCUACCUGUACCAGCGCUGGAUUUACCGCGUGGACCCCACGCGCGUCAACGAAUUCGGCGGCACCGGCGAAGCCCCCGCGGCGCCGCCCCCCGAGCCCGCCCGCGACAAAAAAAACGAUUAAAAAAAAAAAAUUAAUAAUAACUAAUUAAUUAAAUAAUAAAAUAAAUAAAUACAUAAAUAAAUCCCCCCAUUCCCCCUCCCCCCCGGACGGAACGUUCCAGAACUUUCCAUCCCCCCCCACCCCCCCCACCACCACCCCGUGAUGGGGGAGGGGGCGGUGAGGGGGGGUUCCCAUUGGCCAGAUGGGAUUUUUGGGGGGAUUUUGGGUUUUUUGGGGUGUCACCUCCUGUCCCUUCCAUUCCCGGGUUCCCAUUGGCCAGAUGGGAUUUUUG